AUGGCCGCCUCUGGGAACAACAGGUUCGGCCUUACGCGCGCUCAGGUGCAAACCCCGGUCCCGGUCCCUGUAGCGACGGGGCCGGUGGGGGACUGGAACACCGGCGCCACGACCUUGUCGCUGUUCCCCGUCGGCACUGGCACUGGCAGACAGAGCCAAGGACCUGAUGCAGAUGGCAGGAUCGCCGGCACUGACGACACUGACCACAAUGAGGAUGCUUGGCCGUGGAAGAAGAGAGACUCCGCCGGCGCCGGCAACAACCCCGCGGAAGACGUGCCUGAUGAUGCCUCGUGGCUCAGGCUCUGA